AUGGCUGACGAUCUCACCACCGCCUCCCUGCCUCAGUACUCCGUACCAGGACCACAGAUCGUUGGGAGCACCAAAUAUCAGCAACUGCUUGCGGUAAUCGAAGAACUGGGCAAGGAUAUACGGCCGACUUACACCGGCAAUAAAAUUUGCGCAGAACGUCUGAAAAGAUCCAUAGCCCAUUCUCGGAUUCUCGUUAGGGAGUGCUUGCUUGAGGCCGAAAAGGAUCGGCAGAAAGCUGCAGCGGAUGCGGCGCGGCCUGCUUUCGCUCAUUCUACUCCAUCGAAUGUGCUUGUGUCUACGUAUCAAUUAGAGGAUUCUGAUUCGCGAAUCGGUUCUUUGUACAUUCUUUCGCAUAACCUCGAUACUGUUCGUUGUAUUAAAGCCCCUGGUGGGGUGUUUCGAUUCGAUUUCUUGAAACCUCACGUUGUCAUAGCGGCAAUUACUGAUGGCUCCCUAUUCACUGCGUCCAUCUCAGGCCCACCAUCAGAUUCGUCAAUAUCUGUUGCUAAAGACAUUCUUCUCGAUGUCUCGUCAUCACCAUCAUCAGAUCGGGUGUCUUGUACCGACAAAUGGGGAUGUGCAUAUAUUGUAGAUUUGACUACGGGCCGAGUGAUCGUGUGGACGUGUGCUCAACGUGACCAUUUGAUAUGUACGGGUGGUGAAGAUGCGGCCCUCAAAGUAUGGGAUGCCAGAAGUCAGAGUAUUGCCCAACGAUUCAACGAAUUUGAAGCAGGAGUCACUUUCAGUGAGUGGCAAGAAGACAAUUUAAUCCUGACUGGCAGCUACGACCAACACAUUCGCUUAUUUGAUAUGCGCAACAAUCGAGAGGCAAUCAAAACUGUGGAGACGCAUGGAGGAGUCUGGCACAUCGAGAACUGUCAACGAGCCGGUGUAGAGCAUUAUCUUGCUGCAUGUAUGUACGGUGGCUGGGUCUUAUAUGAUCAGAAUUUCGAUAUUGUAAAAUGUGAUAAAGACGCUGGAAAGCACCUUCUUUAUGGAGUAACUUUAUUGAAUGAGAAUACUAUUGCCUAUACGACGUUUAACGACUUUAUGGUAAGCACUGCCGCGUUGUGA